CUUGUAACAACGGAAUAUUCCUAUUCGCCAGUCCUGUGAAAUAAAGCAUACUUUCCCUUUUACAUUCUUCCUAGUUUCAUCUCCAUCAGUAAUCAUGGGCGACAACAAAUCAACGACUGCUUGUCAGCCUUUAUCUCUCACCAACGUUAACACCCUCUUAGAUUCAGUCGAAUGUUUCCUCUUCGAUUGCGACGGUGUAAUUUGGAAGGGGGAUACACUCAUUGAUGGAGUUCCACAAACAUUGGAGAUGCUUAGGUCAAAGGGGAAGAAGUUGGUUUUUGUGACCAAUAAUUCAACAAAGUCUAGGAAACAAUAUGCUCACAAGUUUCAGUCCCUUGGAAUCCAAGUUACUGAGGAGGAGAUAUUCUCCUCAUCAUUUGCUGCUGCAAUGUACUUGAAAGUCAACGAAUUUCCUCCAGAGAAGAAGGUGUAUGUAAUCGGUGGAGAGGGUAUACUAGAAGAGCUGAAACUUGCUGGUUUUACCGGGCUGGGUGGUCCCGAAGAUGCAAAAAAGACUGUGCAGCUUAAAGCGAACACUCUAUUCGAGCACGAUAAGAGUGUUGGAGCGGUUGUGGUUGGACUUGACCCGUAUUUGAAUUAUUAUAAACUACAGUAUGGAACGAUUUGCAUUCGUGAGAAUCCGGGGUGUAUUUUCAUUGCUACCAACCGUGAUGCCACUGGCAAUAUGACUGAUCUGCAAGAAUGGCCAGGGGCUGGAUGUAUGGUUGCUGCAGUCUGCGGGUCAACACAGAAAGAGCCUAUUGUAGUUGGAAAACCUUCAACCUUUCUGAUGGACUUUUUACAAAAACAAUACAAGAUUCCUACGGAUAAAAUGUGCAUGGUGGGUGACAGAUUAGAUACCGACAUUUUAUUUGGACAAAAUGCUGGAUGCAAAACGCUACUCGUUCUUUCAGGUGUGACAAGCAAGUCAACGCUCCAAGACCCCUCGAAUCAUAUCCAACCAGAUAUUUACACAAACCAAAUUUCUGACAUUUUUGAUCUAUUAAAUUCAUAAAUAACACCAUGCGACGAAGUUACAAAUAAUUGUACCAGGCGUGUUUCUACUGAAAUUGGUGAUAACCGAAAGCAUUGGUCUAAUAAAUUUGUGUGGUUUAUGGUUAGCAACCAUGUUUGAUCACACAAUGCAUAAUGUAUUCAUUGUUUAGGAUAUUGGGUACCUAGUGUCAAUGGUUGACCCAACCAAUGUUGAAACAAUUCAAACAUAAAAAGUAAUACAAUACAAUGGACGAUUAUCUAUCAUGCU